UUUUCUUAUUUGAUUGGAUUUGAUUUGAUUUUUUGCCCCCCCUCCUUUAGGCCUGACUGUUUUCGUUUCUUUCUCUUGUUCUCCCCUCCUUUAAUCGAACUCCUUCUCCUUCCAUGGGUCAGAUUGACCUGGGACGGUGUCCGAGCUGCGUAACAUCCAUCAUCACUACUCACUGCCUCCUCCCUCACCACCACUACUACCACCACAACCACUAUCACCACCACAUUUAAUACUGUCAGCCUCGCUUGUUUCGGCCCUUUUCAUACUCUUUUUCUGUUGCCAUCAACGUAUCAUGUCCCUCUUAAUCGAACUCCUGCCCCGUACGUGACCGAUCUGCGCUGCCACUGUUUGUAUGCGGAAGAAUGCACAUCGUUCGUUCUUAGCAGGUCCCCUCAAUUGACGAGCAUCCACCACUCCACCUUAACCCGCCGAAAUGGAUAUCAUGUCAAAUGGACCAGCAGUCCUUGCGCCUGCCGCAGCUUCGGGCUCCGACCUUCAUUCCACCGCCAGUUCGACCGGUAUAACCCUGGCAGCGACGUCGACCUCCUCCCUCUCCUCCCUCAAUGACUACUCCAACUUUCCCUUGAUACGCCAUGGCGAUCGCACGUAUCUCAGAGACCCCGACAACCAGUAUCCUCUUCCCUGCGACCUUCCGGAGAUACACCGCCAGACCUUGCGCUCGCUCAUGCUCAUGCGCGUUUUCGGGGGCCCGUUCUGCAACCCACAUUUGGCCGACCGCGCCCCGAAGCGAGUCUUGGACCUCGCCUGUGGCUCAGGACUGUGGUCCAGCAUGUGCCAUGAUUAUUUCGCCCGUCGCGGCCACCGCACCGUGUCCUUCAACGGCAUUGACAUCGUCUCCGUCGCACCCGAUUUGCGCAAAAAGGGUGUGAAUUGGCAAUUCAAGCGUCACGACCUACGCAAGCCCCGCCUGCCGUUUCCCGACGACUAUUUCGAUUUCGUCUUCAUCAAGGAUGCGGGUAUGUGUCCUUCCAGUCCGGCCCAGCAAGCCUCGGGAUUGAGCGAGCCGUUGCGCGUUCUCAAGUCCGGGGGGAUCUUGGAAGUCUGGGAUUCCGACUGGGUAUUCCGUUCUCUGCUUCCCAAUCCCGCACCCGCUCGCAAACUGGCCUCGAGAGAACAAGAGACCGCCGAUGCGACCGCGACGUACACCUUUUCGUCUGCCACGCCAUUCACGCGCGCCCAGAACAAGUUUCUCCAAGACUACAACACCUGGCUCGAGAAGGCGUUCGAUCAGCGGAAAUUGACGGCUCUACCGUGCGCCACGAUGGGCCUAUCCUUCAAUGCGGAGGUAGACGUCCUCGAGAAGGUUGACAGCCGUCGCAUUGCCAUUCCGUUGGGCGAACUACGCUGGGAACGGGAGGGGUAUGGAAAAGAAACGAGUGGUGGUACUCGAAGACAGUUGACGGCCGAUCAGUUGUCUAUCCGACGCAAUGCGCUUCUGACGGUCAUCCAAAUGAUAGAAGGCAUGGAGCACAUCCUUAUGGAGGCCAGCGGGAAGAGUAAGGACGAAUGGGAUCGCUGGUGGGCAGCAAUGAUGACCGAUUUGUUCCAGAAGGAUGGCCUUGCGAACGGAGAGUGCUUGGAAGUAAGUGCUUGGUGGGGUCGAAAGAUAUAGGCGCCUUCGCCGGCGGCCAGGAUCGUGAACUCAACGUUUGGUGUUCAGGCGAAUGAGAGGAAAGGAAAAAGAAAAAAAGGAACCGUGACCAUUUCUCUUCUCAUAUUGGUGAUACCCCCACGUUUCUCUCUUUGUCUUUUUGGUUCAAAUUGCCAUGAUAUUCAUUUCUGUAUAAUUUUUGCUGCGACGUGUGUUGGCUGCGAUGGUUGGGUGCUAUUUGUUCUCAUAGCGCUGUUUCAACGUGCGAUACCGCUUGAGGUAGUAGCUGCGUGCUUUCAUCAGUAUCGCUGCUCACAUUGCACCCAUGUGUUUAUAAGCUUAUGACAUAACGAUAUAUUGAGACUGUACAUCCAUAGGAAUUAUCAAGAGAAUAUGAU